CGUAGUCAGCACACAUUCUAAAAGCCCAGUCAGCACACAUUCUGGUAGCCCAGUCAGCACACAUUCUAAUAGCCCAGUCAGCACACAUUCUAAAAGCCCAGUCAGCACACAUUCUAAAAGCCCAUUCAGCACACAUUCUAAAAGCCCAGUCAGCACACAUUUUAAUAGCCCAUACAGCACACAUUAUAAUAGCACAGUGAGCACACAUUCUAAUA